AGGAACUGUGGGUAGUUACGUUACCGAUGCCCUUGUUCUGUCAGGCGCAUUCUAUUUGACUGGCUUUACACAAGGGCUUGAGGAUCUAUCUGUGUUGGUUACAUCCUGAAUUAGUUUAUUCCACAAAAAUGAUGGUAACAAGGUUUCUCCGCCGCGCUCUCCCUGUAUUAAGGCAAGCGCGAUGCUAUGCUGACGUGCCCUCAGGCUCUGCCCAGAUGUCCUUCACAUUUGCUUCGCCAACGCAGGUGUUCUUCAAAGAGGCCAGUGUGAGACAGGUGGAUGUGCCCACGUUGACUGGGGCUUUCGGUAUUCUCCCUGCCCAUGUACCCACACUGCAGGUCCUGAGGCCUGGUGUGGUCACUGUGUUCAACGAUGAUGGCUCAGCAGCUAAGUACUUUGUGAGCAGCGGCUCCGUCACCGUGAACGCAGACUCCUCGGUGCAGCUGCUGGCGGAGGAGGCCGUCCCUCUGGACCAGCUGGACGUAGCUGCAGCCAAGGCCAACCUGGAGAAGGCUCAGUCUGAGAUGGCGUCUGCUUCGGAUGAGGCUGCCCGGGCCGAAGUCCAGAUCAGUAUAGAUGCCCACGAGGCCAUCGUCAAAGCCCUGGAGUAGGACACCAGACUGGUCUUCGUGGUAGUGUUGUGUAACACCCAAAAGAAAAUGUUCCAGCUUUGUCUCAGUCAAGUCAGUGGGAAGACCUCAUGUUUGCUUUGUACAGUAAAAAUGACCAAUAAAUUUAUUUGGAUUUACCUGCCA